AUUGGUCUUGACAUGAGAUGCCAUUGGGAGGAGAUGAAUCACAAAAGGUUGUUUCCGAUCUUUUCUUUGUUUACACUUCGCGUCCAUUUGAAUGUAUAUGCAACACUCCAAGUCAACUAUUCUCUGUUGUAGAGAUUGGACUUUACUAUUUCAGCCUGUAUGUGUUUAUUUAAGCAAUCCUUUACGUUAUCCUACUUGUUUAUCCAACAGAAAAGUGUACUGGGUACACUGGUCUUCCAGAAAGCGAACAAAGCUCCAAGUUGGUCAUCGAUGGCAACUUUCUAUCCACAAAACCUCCAACCAAAAGCAUCAAAGAGGUUAUUUGGCUCUAGUCACUCUUAUUGGUGUCUAUUGCUUUGCUUCUCCCGUGUUUGCAUACAAUGCAGACAUGGAGUCUGCUUUGGUUCCCAUCAUCCAAUGCAGACAACUACUUGACCCAGUGGAAGGUUAUUUGAACAAUGGAAACUGGGACAAAGCGAGAACAAGUGUCAACUACUGUACUCGAGUGUUACGUCUGAAAACCAAUAUGAAGACAGUGACCAAUCUUCUUUCUGAAGAUACUUUGAAAGACAAGGCAAUAGAAUAUACUGUGGACAUUGACAAUGCAAUGAGUCAGUUGGAUGCCAGCGCUUAUACUCCCAACUUUAUUCCAUCUGACGCACGUGGAGUAACUGAUCAAAACCAAAAAUAUCAAAUGCAGGCAAAAGAUUUCUAUCAUAAAGUGAUUCAAGAAUUGGAUGCAUUUUUAGACUUAUCUCCUGGUGAAGAGCUGAAGAAUGCUCAAGACAAGGCCUCUAAACUAGUUCCAGAAGUUUACUGAAGAAUAUCCUUAUAAAAAUAGUCCUUAUAAAACAUUAUUUGUUUUCCAUGAAUCAGAUUGCCACUCAAUAUCGCUUUUUAGCAUUCUCCACAUGUGU